AUGGCAACCAAACAGCACACCUUCAUAGUAGAGCAUCUAGACCCAGAACUGGAAGAGUGGCAGUCCUUGGAAUACAAAUGCAUACAUCAAGAAUGCGAGGACUCGGGAGCGAAAUUCAUCUUAUCCGGACUCAAGGACUCUACGGCCGUGCAGAAGCAGCUCAGUCUGCCUGCUGAUGCUCUGCAGGAGCAGAGUGUGGAAAGUCUGUACUCGACAUCGGAGGAGAGGCAGAGGGUGUGUCUACUGGAUCCUAAGGGGGAGAAGGAUAUUAAUCCUGAGGAUGGGGAUUUGUUCGAUGUUUUUCUGUUCGGUGGGAUUUUGGGCGAUGAGCCCCCGCGAGAUCGCACCGGCGAGCUCCGCAACAAAGGCUUCGUAGGACGACGACUCGGGCCUGAACAGAUGACUACUGAUACCGCAGCGCGAGUGACGAGGAUUGUUGUGCAGGAGAGAAAACGACUUGACGAGAUAGACUUUAUCGACAGACCUGACAUUGAACUUCCAGCUGAUGAAAAUGGUGGCGUAGAUGGCGCACAUCCGAGCGAGAGUGUUAGCAUGCCAUUCAAGUAUGUCAAAGGCAAGGAUGGAAAGCCGAUCAUGCCUGAGGGUAUGGUAAAGCUGCUGGUCGAAGAUAUGGAUAAGGGCAUUGGCGACUUGCUUUGA